UAAACAGCUGUAUUUGUUUUUGUUUUGCAUAACAAUAAACCCAGAAAAUAUAAAAAAAAUACAUUUUUUUUACAAAUAAUUUGUAUAAUACUUUUUUUUACAAAUAAUUCUAUAUACAUGAAUGCCGUUAUUGCAUUGUGUCAUUUUUGUGAGGCUCAUGGACCCUCGGCUAUAUUUAGUACACAAACACUUAGAGACACAAAAUUGGAUGAACUAUAUUCAGCAGCAGCUUUGCAGACUUCGAAUAGUGUAGCUGGUAAACAGUGUGCGGCAUGUAACUCCAUUGGCCAGACAAAUGGUUUGUAUAGUAAGGAUAAUGAAAGUGGAGCCACAUUCUUGAGUACACAACAAUCGGCACUGCCGGAGGUGGCGACAUUGGUAAAACAGGCGGCAGUACGUAGUUUAAGCUGUGAAAUAAAUCACAAUAAAGAUGGUGGUUUUGUAUUUUUCGGUGACACUUCCAGGGGUCAUGUUUUAAGUCAUACCUUUCACGUUAGUGAUUUGCAAGCCCGUGGUUUUUAUCAACUGUUUUCCAUUAUCAUACUUAUGAAAGAUAAAUAUUUUCUUUUAAAUACAAAACCUUUUUUGGCAGAACAUUUACGUAAAAUUUCUGCAGAAUUACAAAACGGCGCUAAACGCAUACGCGAAGAGGAGGAAUUGAAAGGUUCCCCACGACAACGCCGUUUAUCCGGUUCACAGCCCUUAGUACAAACUCCUAGAUCAUUAAUAGAACUUACUGGAGAAGAAAAUGUUUUUGCCGUUUUGCACUCACAUUUCUCAUGGCUUUUAUUGGCAGGUUCGCGUUUUCUCACAGAACACGUUACCUUUGGCAAUUUACCCUGGCUACCACCACAAAGUAGUAGUCAUCCACCACAACAGAGACUUACCUAUAAUAUAACAACUUUGCCUAUGAUACAAAAAUAUGAGACUCUAGAUGAUGCCGAGGAAUUUUAUUCUUUACGUUACAUCAAACAGGUGGUGCGAAAGGCAGAAUUUGCCUCGGUUUGCUAUUGUGCUUUAACCGGUAUUAAGAUUAUAGUACGUGGUGAUCCAGCUCGUACUUUUCAUUUUAUGAUGUGUCUUAAGAAACUUUUACCCGAACAAAUGCACUCUCUUAUACGGGUCGAUGCACAGCAUCAACAUUCCAUAAGUGCAGAUUAUAAAAUCAUUUCAAUAUCGAAUGAAAUUGCUGUGCCCAUGGCUAGUUCAUCUGUAUUUCGCAUAGACUUUUUGGAAGAAUCUCUGGGCAAUAAUGUUUGCAUCAAAUGGCCGGGUUCAGUACCAACAAAACUGCCGGAUUUAUUGGUGAAAUUGUUAAAAGCUGUUGAUGAAACUCGUUUUACAGAAUUGGUGCUAAAUCGUCAUACCAGAGUUUUAGUAGAGGAAUGGAAAAACAAAGUUAUCUGCCUCAAUCAUGCCAAAUCCACCAAUGGUCAAGCCAAAUUAAAAAGAGUAUUAGGUGUCCAAACUCAAGACCAACCACUUUUAAACUACUGGAGUGCACAUUUGCAUUAAAUUACAAUUUUGUUUUAACUACAACACACAUUUUUAAUUUAUAAACAAUUUUACGAAAAA